AUGCCAUUGCUGAGACGACUGUUAGGUACCAUGCCACAUACUCCUGGGGGGAUUGAUGUUGGGGAAGUUAAUCGACUCACUAGGAUGCGAUCCAUAAACAGAUUGGAUAUCACCUCUCCAUUACUCACUCCAGGUGGUCAGAUCCAAUCAUCAGGUGGUGAUUGGAAUAUCCCUUUACUUUCCCAUGGCCAUUCAGUUAUCCAAGAAUCAUCCCCAGGGCCCCCAACUGGUGGAGAUGGUGGUCUAUUAGAAGAAAACCUGCUCUAUACCGUGAAAACAUCCGUCUCCUUACCUUCGCGUCUUUUCAGUGUGGUCCCAGAAUCAACGUUAUUCUCCCUUAGAAACUACUACAACGAUUUCACUACCAUUGAUUGGGCCAAUGCCUUUGUCAGAACAAAUAAAUGGAACUAUAAGUUGGAACAUCCCAAAACAGUAUGUGACUCCGAUGACUCUAAUGGUACACCAGAUGGUCUGGACAAGAACAACAACUACUACUACAAUAACAAAUCAAUCAAGAAAUAUAACAACACUACAACAAACCGUAUGCUGUUGAUGUAUAGUACUUAUGUCCAAUUCAGUAAAUGGAUCCUUAUUGUUCUAAUUGGGUUGGUAUUUGCCUGCAUUGCUUUCACCAUAGAUAAGUUUGAACUCUUACUAGUGGGGUUUAAAUACGGUUAUUGUCAACGUAAUUGGCUAUUGACUCAGGUAGCAUGCUGCAAUACUGUAACUAGUAAGAAGACAACAGCUGAUACCUGCAAGCAAUGGAUAACUUGGGCUUCUAUCUUUAAGGAAGAUGACUCCGAAUUCCAGAUCAAAAUGGAUUACGUCAUUUACGUCUUGUUGACCAUAAUAUUGGCCUAUAUUGCAUGUCAAAUUUCAUUAACCACUAAAAUGCAAAGAAAACCACGGACUUUUGAGCAUCUGGUGGUUUCAGAAUCAUCCGACCCCAUUGCUGAUAUGAAACCUAUUUCUCCUAAAGUUAUGUACACUGCGUGUGGAUCAGGUGUACCGGAAGUCAAAGUCAUCUUAUCAGGUUUCGUGAUCCGGAGAUUCUUGGGUACUUAUACUCUUUUUUGCAAAACCAUAGCAUUGGUGUUUGCUAUUGCUUCCGGUAUGGCAUUAGGUAAAGAAGGCCCGUAUGUGCAUUUGGCUACUUGUGUGGGUAAUGUGCUAACUCGGUUCUUCAAACACAUAGAUAAUAAUGAAUUAUUGAAGAAACAAAUUUUAUCAUCAAGUGCUUCUGCUGGCGUGGCACUUGCCUUUGGAUCACCGUUAGGUGGAGUUCUCUUUAUUCUUGAAGAAAUUAAUAAUUAUUUACCCUCACACCAUUUAUUCCAAGUGUUCUUCUGUGCAAUAAUUUCAACUUUGUUUUUGAAGUUUCUUAAUCCAUACGGCACGGGGAAAACGGUUUUAUUUGAGUUGGAAUAUCUGUCGGAUUGGAAACCUAUUGAGCUUGUUUUCUUUGUUAUACUUGGAAUUCUGGGUGGAAUAUUUGGUGCAAUGUUUGUCAAAUUUGCAAGAUGGUGGGGUUCAAACUUUAGAAACAAAUAUUUCAAGAAAAGACCUCUUUUUGAAGUCUUUUUAGUUGCAUUGGUCACAGGUCUUGUGACAUUCUGGAAUCCGUAUACUAAACAGGCAUCCAGUGAAUUGGUUUUGGAUUUAGGUACUUCUUGUACUAAAGAAUUGGAUGCAAGUUUAUGUCCUAAAACUGAAGCUGAAUAUCUUAAUGAGAUCACCAAUUUAUUAACAGCAUUUGUUAUCAAGGUGGGGUUAACUUUUAUUACUUUUGGUAUAAAAGUACCCUGUGGUAUCUACGUACCUCUGAUGGUAGUUGGGGCAUUAUUUGGUAGAGCAUUUGCAACUGUUGCACAAUUUAUAUUCUUCAAAUACUCAGGAGUUGAAGACUUUGGACUUUGUUUAUUAGAAGGGCAAUGCAUUGAUUUUGGGAUCUAUGCAGUAAUAGGUGCUGGGGCAUUUAUGGCUGGAGUAACAAGAAUGAAUAUUACCUUGGUGACAAUUUUAUUUGAAUUAACCAGUUCUUAUACUUAUGUUUUGCCUAUUUCAAUCACAAUUGCUGUUGCCAAUUGGGCUGGAAAUUAUUUGGAGGCAGAUUCCAUUUAUGAAUACUUCUUAGUUGCUAAUGACUAUCCAUUCAUUUCACCAGAAACUGAAGCCAUUGACCCUAGGGUUCAAGCUAGAGAUGUGCUUGAUGAUUCCGAAAAGAUGAGCAAGGUUAUAAAGAAGACACCUGCAGCAGCUGCUAUUGCUCCUGAUCCGUUCAGAGGUAUAAGUUCUUUGAGUCAAAGUCCACGAUUGGAAGGAUUAGGUGGUUGUGGUGUUGGAGGAGAUCCUAUAAUCGGGAAUGCUCCAACUGAAGAAAAACUUUAUAUUGAUUUAAGUUCAUCACCCUAUGUGGCUUUAACGACUUUACAAGCCAAAUUGAACUUACUAGCAUUAAAGGGAUUGGUAGAUGGCUGUUUACCACUACUUAGAAAGGGAGUGUGUGUUGGAUUACUUUAUUUUUCCGAUCUAGAAAUUUGCAUCGACAAGCUAAAAGAGUUUGUUAUAGAGUAUCAAAUCCAAGAUGAAUUAUAUGUCAAGCUAAUGGAUGGAAGUGACUACAGAACCAAUGAGGUUGAAUUAUUUCUGCGUCAUAAUAAUAACGUGAUUGAAUCAUUAACUGAGAGCAAUGGUGAGCUGAGUGAUUAUUUUUCAUUCAGUACUACAUCAAAUGGUGAUAUGAAUGAACUAUUAGAUAACUUGGCUAAUUUGACCAACAUGGUGGAGAAACAUCCGAUAUUUCUUAAUUAUGAUAGUGAAUUAUCAUUAGCAUAUUUGAUCUUUGAUCAGAUUGGUAACCGUGCCAUAGUAUUACUUAAGGAUGGAUUAUACUAUGGAGUAUUGCAUAAGAAGGUGUUUAUUGAUUUUAUUAGAAGGAGAUCUGAGUAA